CACAUCUCUCAACACAGCGGCCAAGACCCAGCCCGGCCAACUCAUCAACCGCCAGCCUGACAACCUAGUUAGCUCAGCCUGGCUUGCCUGGCACCCUACCUUUGUUAUCACUAAGUCGAGUAUUAUUCCCGCUUCAAUCGCUGUCAUCCAAACAACUGCAAACGUAUGCUACCACGAACAAAAAAUCCGGUUCAGAAAUCCUAUCUUACAGUUAUCACGACGGGAACGGAGGACUCGAAUCGGUAACCUUGGGACUUGUCACUCCGCCAGCAAUCCCAUCCAAUUCGAUCGGCGAAAAGAAGACCACGGAUAAUCUCUCAACAGAUCGCGCGCGCACCGCAUAGCCAUGGAGGCAGUAGGCGUGGCGUUCUUGGUGAUCGUCAUAAUUGUGGUGUUUGGUGGUCUCGGAUACUUUGCGUUCGCACGAUGGCGCGCAAAUAAACUAGGGCUCCCACCGCCGACGGUCGCAUCCUUCAACCCAUUCGGGCAAUCUGAAUACGGGGCGCAGCCUGCAUCUGGUGGCAUAGGCGGCUGGUUCAGCAAGCUCAAGGGCCGCAACUCGAGGACGGCGGCCGGAGCGUACGAGGGCGCGGCGGGCGUGGCCGCCGAUCGGGGAGGAAGGCGAGGCGGGGGCGCGGCACUGGACCCGGACGAAGCCUGGGACACACGCGUCGGGAACGAGGUCUACGGAUACGAGGACCAGGAGCUGGGGCUCCACCCUCAGCACGGCGGGUCGGCGUACCGCAUGAACUUGCCCGACGAGGAUAGGAACGCCGCUACCGCCGCCGGCCGCCCAGGAUCGCCGCCCACGACGCGGAACCCCUUUGGCGACGACAACGCCUACGAGCAGCCCAGGGGUAGGGGUCGUAGCCGCGAUGGCGGCCUGAACCCCUUUGACGAUGCUGCGGCCGCCGAGCCGAGCACCCUGCGCGGGCUCAGCCCCAGGCCCAUCAACACAGCGGUCUCGCCCGGUACCAAGGGAGGAAACCCAAACGAUCCGUCUAGCGGUGAUAGUCCCACGGGCCGGAGAUCCAUUUUCAGAGAGAAUGUCUGAUGUGUAUGUUUGUGUUUAGGCAAGGAGGGGGACAUUGUUAUAAGGUUCGGCGUUGUAUUUUUUGCACAUUUUUAUUUUGAUAUCAACACGGUGUCAUUGACGGUUUGUGGGUCUUUUUAUAUCUUGUUUCUCUUUCUUCUCCAGUUGGGCGGGCCACUUGAUUCUAUUCAGAAAGUAUUUGGGCACUUGCUUGAGUUCAGUCCCAAUCUGCGACAGUUCAAAUAAAAUCUGGCUAGAGGCUCCGAGAAAGACGGACAUGUUGGCUUGAAUUUGAAGGCUAAUGUUUGUCAAGACGUUUUGAGAUAACCACUUCUGCGUCCUCUUUUGACUCGGCCAACGUCGUGAUGAUACUCGACCCCCUCGACCUGUACUUGAUAAGAAAUUCAGACGUUGCUUGGGAAUUGGGUAAGGUAUCAAUUUUGGUAGGCAUCGGAUCUCUGGAGUUUACACCCAAC